AUGGAAAUCCUCGAGGACCUUCGUGGGAUCGAAGUUACAAUGUGCGUGGACAAGCAAGCUCUCCAAGAAUAUAUUGAGUCGACAACCGGCAAAGUAUUCUACAUCAAAAUCGAGAUGAGCAAAGCAUACAAGUUUGACUCUCCGGAUGUUUCCUUCGAGGUUUCUGUUGGUGGGACCAUGACUAAUCUUCCAUUUGGGACCAAGGAAGUGAAAGGUGUCAAGAAUGUGCUGGAUAACGGACGAAUAUUCUUGAUGCCAUUUAAGUUCAGCGACAUAAUCACAAGUACCGAUGAUUCGAAAUUAGCAUCGAUAAAAGAGGACGCAACCCGACUGAGUGUUGUUAGAGAGAUCGUGGUGAAGGUUUAUCGAAGAGGUGAAAGAACUCGUGCGAUUAAUCAAUCAAAGAGGCCCGACGCUUUUCAAAAGCUAGCUGCCGAUUCAUCAGCAUCGGUGCAUGAGAAGGCGCUCAAAGGACACGCGAAGUCUCAUAGUACUACUUUAGGAGCUCCUCAGGCCACGAAAGCCAAAUGUCUUAAGUCUCUCUUGAUACUCGAAAGAACCCCAGAACCAUCCCCUUCUCCUUCUCCUGCUCCAAUUUCGGAUGGUGCUUCAGGAUCUUUUCAUCUUGAGAGCCUUGAUGCAACCCAGAAAGCUAAGCUUCAGGAGUUUCUAGGAAACUUAUUGGGAAAUGGAAGUCAAUUCAAUGGAGAGAGGAAGAUUAAGCGGGAAAGAGAGGAAACUGGCAGUGAUUUCAAGGCUAGCAAGCGAUCAAAGAGAAACGAACGUGUUGAGGUUGAUUUGACAGGAGAUGAUUCGGAUUGA